GAGAGGAGUUGAAUCUGCGCUGAGUAUGAGAGCGAGGGGGGCGGGGCCUGCGGUGAGCCGGGCGGCCGGACGAGUCGACGCGUGAACACUUAGCUAGACCUGCGGACUGGACGGCCGCGGCCGUAGGCCCUCCUAGACCCGCUUAACCCCUGAUGCUCGGGGGGACGCAGCCCCUCUCGCUGGGGGAUGCUGCGGGAUUCCUGGCGCCGGGCAUCCGGGCCGCCCGCUAAACCCCUGUGCCUACCCUCUGCCCCUGAGGAACCGGAGUCCGGCCGCAGGGAAAGAGAGGCGGCUGGAGAGACGCUGCAGGGUGCAGGGCGGGGAGGGGGCUGGAGGCCCCAGGACCGAGGGCAUGGAGCGGUUAGGGGAGAAAGCCAGUCGCCUGCUGGAAAAGUUAAGACUCUCGGACUCCGGCAGCGCCAAGUUCGGCCGCAAAAAAGGAGAAUCUAGCCGGUCUGGGUCUGAUGGGACCCCCGGGCCAGGCAAGGGGCGCUUGAGUGGGUUGGGGGGAGCUAGGAAAUCAGGGCCCCGCGGAGCUACUGGGGGACCUGGGGAUGAGCCGUUGGAACCAGCCCGGGAGCAAGGCUCCCUGGACACUGAGCGGAACCCGCGAGGCUCCUUUGAGGCACAGCGCUACGAAGGCACUUUCCCCGGGGGGCCGCCUCCCACCCGAGCCUUGCCUCUACCUCAGUCAUUGCCCCCUGACUUUCGGCUGGAGACCACGGCCCCAGCUCUCAGUCCCCGCUCCAGUUUCGCCAGUAGUUCAGCCAGCGACGCGAGCAAGCCGUCCAGCCCCCGGGGCAGCCUGCUGUUGGACGGGGCGGGGGCUGGCGGAACCGGAGGUAGCCGACCCUGCAGCAAUCGUACCAGCGGCAUCAGCAUGGGCUAUGACCAACGCCACGGGAGUCCCCUGCCCGCCGGGCCGUGCCUGUUCGGCCCACCCUUGGCUGGGGCUCCGGCGGGGUAUUCCCCUGGAGGGGUGCCGUCCGCCUACCCGGAGCUUCACGCUGCUCUGGACCGACUGUGCGCUCACCGGCCGGCAGGGUUCGGCUGCCAGGAGAGCCGCCACUCGUACCCCCCGGCCCUGGGCAGCCCCGGAGCUCUGGCCGGGGCUGGAGUGGGAGCAAUAGGGCCCUUGGAGAGACGAGGGGCGCAACCCGGACGACACUCGGUGACCGGCUACGGGGACUGCGCCGCGGGCGCCCGAUAUCAGGAUGAGCUAACAGCGUUGCUGCGUCUGACGGUGGGCACCGGUGGGCGAGAAGCUGGUGCCCACGGGGAACCCUCGGGGAUUGAGCCGUCGGGUCUCGAGGAGCCGCCGGGUCCUUUCGUUCCAGAGGCCGCCCGGGCCCGGAUGCGGGAAGCGGAGGCCAGAGAGGACUACUUCGGCACCUGUAUCAAGUGCAACAAAGGCAUCUAUGGGCAGAGCAACGCCUGCCAGGCUCUGGACAGCCUCUACCACACCCAGUGCUUUGUCUGCUGCUCCUGUGGGCGAACUUUGCGCUGUAAGGCUUUCUACAGCGUUAACGGCUCUGUGUACUGUGAGGAAGAUUAUCUGUUUUCAGGGUUUCAGGAGGCAGCUGAGAAAUGCUGUGUCUGUGGUCACUUGAUUUUGGAGAAGAUCCUACAGGCAAUGGGGAAGUCCUAUCACCCAGGCUGCUUCCGAUGCAUCGUUUGUAACAAGUGCCUGGAUGGCAUCCCCUUCACAGUGGACUUCUCCAACCAGGUGUACUGUGUCACCGACUACCACAAAAAUUAUGCGCCUAAGUGUGCAGCCUGUGGCCAACCCAUCCUCCCCUCAGAGGGCUGUGAGGACAUUGUGAGGGUGAUCUCCAUGGACCGAGAUUAUCACUUUGAGUGCUACCACUGUGAGGACUGCCGGAUGCAGCUGAGUGACGAGGACGGCUGCUGCUGCUUCCCUUUGGACGGGCACUUGCUCUGCCACAGCUGCCACAUGCAGCGGCUCAGUGCCCGGCAGCCCCCUACCAACUAUAUCUGAGCUUUGGCUCCGUUGCUGCCGUCAUGACAGGGUCCUCUGGCAGGUGCCCCUACAAGGUCAGCCGGGGCACAGGAUGCACUCUGCAGGCCUGGCAAGAGUCCACUGGGAGGGCCUCGAGGGACUGAGACCCAAAGAUUGUGACAUUCCAAAUGGACUAUGGAGGAGGAACCUUCUAAUGGCCAUUGUGUGGGUGACUGGCCUUCCUUCCAUGUGAGCCUGUGCUGUAGCAUAUACUUAGGCACACACAGGUGGGUUCCAGUACUUUCUAAAGGUCUGAUUCUGGUCUCUGUCUCCAGUACACAUUUGUGCAUAAGUCAGGAAAUGCUCUGGUUCUGGGUUAUCAGAAGAAAGGCCAUCAUGGGGGCUCCUCACUCCUUUGGACCCUGCAUAUGGGGUCAGCUGGAUUCUCACCACAGCAUCUUACCACUGUGUUUGGAUGAAGAGGUGGGAAUUCUGGACCUGAUUAAUGAGUUAUUUCUUGCCUGCCUUCUCCCUAAGGACUACGAGAGCUGCUCAGUCCCCUACUGGGCACAGGAACCGGCUCUGGGUGGGCCUGCUGCCUGUAUUGCCUGUUUCUCAGGGACUCAACAUGGGCCUGGGGAGGCUGGGUGGGUGCCUGUAUGGGGUUUCUCUUCUCGGCUGGGGAAGAUAAUGAGUGGGUCUUUGAGUGUAGAGUUGCUAGAUGAGAUGUCUAGGAAUCUUCAGACUAGCCAUGCUCCCUGCAUACUCCCAGGUUUAAGUGCACUGAGCCCUUCAGCCCUGUAUGUGCAUACAUGGACCCAUUCACACACACACACACUCACUCACUCACUCACUCACUCACUCACUCACUGACUCUCCCUUCUCCAUCUUCUCCAGUCACUCUUAACUAGGUUCCCUAACAGCCCACCACUCCAGGCCUGCCACCUAUCAGCGAGAUCCAGGAUUAUAUUCACUGCAACUCCCAAACUGUGGUUCUGAGGAGCCAGAGGAGCAAAAACAUUUUUACUUGGUUCUAGUCAGUUUGGCUGAAAUUGGUUCACCUAAAGCUAGAUCUCUUAAAACCAAUUCACUGAAAACUUGUUUGCUUAAUGUUCAUUUCACUUAAUGACUAGUUUGCUAAAAGCUCAAUUCCUUUCUGGGUGUUCUUAUAGCCACUUAGGUGUUCUAAUCUCUUUUGUCAUGCUGUGGGUAUUUCAAGGAUUUAUAUCUAUUCAUCUAAGAGUGCUUCCGAGUUAUUAUCAGCAACAUAAGUUUAUCAAAUUUGCAGCACUUUGUGAAUGAUGAGAUUCUUUCUACCUUUAUGGAUGUCUUUUUCUAUGUUACCUACUUUUCAAAGGCUUUUUUAAAAAGUUCAAAGUUUCUAGCAAUAAAUAUAAUCGGUACAGAU